AUGGCUUUACAGGACCUGUGUGAUUUCCAGGACAUCUUUGUGGAUGGUAUAACUACCAAAUGUUCUUCAGUGCUUUCUGGAACGAAGACUGGCUGUAACUAUGUGAGUAAUCUGACCUUUAGCAACAGAACAAGUCUGUUCAAUUUUUAUAUACCAGCCGCAGAGUACCUGGAUGAAAGUCCAAUACAGUUUGGACAAAUAAGCGCCGUCCAGAGCUCAUCUCAAGACUCCAUCUUAUCAUCCCUCACCUUUCCCACAAGCCUUCCUCUGGCCUCCUCUCAGUCCGUCCCUCUGCCUUUUCCCAUGUCUCACGGCACGACCACCUUGGCUUUCAUGUUUCAAGGCGGCGUAUUGGCUGCAGCAGACACUCGUUCCAGUUGCUCCGGGCUUGUGGCGUGCCCAGCCGCUCAGAAGAUCCUGCCCAUUCACAGUCACUUGGUGGGCACCACUUCGGGUACUUCAGCUGACUGUGCCCUUUGGAAACGCAUCCUGGCUCGAGAACUGCGGCUCUACCAGCUCCGCUACGGCCGACGGUUGUCCACGAGCGGAGCUGCCAAAUUGCUUUCCCACAUGCUUCACCCGUUUAAAGGAACUGAGCUGUGUGUUGCUGCCACGCUGUGUGGGUGGGAUGGAGGAGAGGUAGAUGCAUGCCACGACCACGGAGGUGCAAAGAUUGAUCUCAAGAGUCAAGUGACUGCAGAUACAAGUCUUGAAAAGACCUCUCUGGCUCAGACUGAGAGCUCUUCUUCAACCCCUGCUGGCCAACAGGGUUUAUCCAGAAAGAAAGAAAGUUUCUCUGGACCCAGUCUGUACUACGUGUGCAGUGAUGGUACUCGACUGCAGGGAAAGCUCUUCUCGGUGGGCUCAGGAUCACCUUAUGCCUACUCAAUUUUGGACCAAGGUGUUCAAUGGGGACUGACAGUGGACCAGGCCACAUCAUUAGCCAGAGAGGCUGUAUACCGAGCCACGCACAGGGAUGCAUACUCAGGAAACUGCGUAGACAUUUAUCACGUCUCCUCAAACGGAUGGACUCGUAGGAGUAGAGAGGAUUUAAAAGAGGAAUAUUACAGAGAAAAAGAAAGACAAGAGGGAAAGGAGAGACAGGACGUGACUUUGUCUGAGUAA